AAAUCAUCUGUGAUUCUGUGCAUUGCAAUAUCUUACCAGGUAUCCAUGUUCAAGAAGAAUUAUGAUCAUCUCCCUAAAGAUACCUACUUUGGCAUGUAUAAGGAGGCAACACGUGGAAAUCCUAGCUAUUUUCUCACUCAUGGUAAUGUAAAAUCUGCUGCACGGAUUCAAGACCAUCUCCGUCCUAAUGGUGCACACAGAUGGCAUAGCUAUGCAAAGAGCUCAAAUGAGAUCAAGUUGGAGGCUGCAGUUCUGCACUGUAUAUACACCAAAUUUUCAGAUUUGACAUCUAGACGUGAUCGCUGUGGAUGCAAGCCUACAAAAGAAGAUGUUAAAAGAAAUUUUAUAUUGGAUUGUCACCGAGCAGCUUCUAUAAUCGCAUCAACUAGUGAAGAGGAAAUGCUUCGCUGGUACAAUGAACAUGUUGUGCGGAAUGAUAAGCAGCUCAAUUUAAAGCUUCUAAGGAAAGGAGUGUUGACUCGCAUAUAUGCCCCGAUGGCAAUUGUUCAAGGUUUGCGCGAAUCGGGUAUCUUCACUUCUGCCAUAGCAGCUGGCCAACCAGUUGUGAAUGAUAAACUAUCCCUGAAGAAAAGCCAAAUGGAUUCGGCGGAGGUAGAGGAAGAAAGGAGAAAUCUUGCUGGGCGGCGGAGUGGAGUCGAGGGAACUGGAUGUACACCGGGAGGAGGAAGAGGAACAUGGUGCGCUCGACUCGAUGGUGGCGUCAAGGACGCUGCUGGUUCUGAGGACGGGAUGUGAGAGCGUGCCAACGCCGAGGACGGCCGGCACUGCAGACUGCAGAGUGCCGGCGUUGUCCGUGUAGUUUUUCUUUAAAGAACGACGGCAAUUGCCGUGGUUUAUUCAAAGAGAGAGGUCCAAUACUAUCGCAUCUCAG